AUGGUGACAACUAGAUUGUCAGAUUUGGGAGCCCGAUUGGAUAACAAUAAUGUUGUUGAUAUGAGAUUUUUGGAUGAGGAAAGUAGCUGGAGGCUGUUUUGCAAAGCUGUGUUUGGAGGGGGAAGUUGCCCAGUAGAAUUGGAGAAAAUUGGGAGGAAUAUUGUAGAGAGUUGUAGAGGACUUCCAUUAUCGAUUGUUGUGAUGGGACGUCUUCUGGAAAGACUUGAACGAACUAAAGAAUGUUGGAAAUCUAUCAAGAGAAGCUUAAAAUCAGGAGUGAGAUUAGAGAACUAUGAUCACUGCUUGAAAAUACUGAAAUUGAGCUACAACCAUAUGCCGAUUCAUCUGAAGCCGUGCUUUCUGUAUAUGGGAGUGUUUGAGGAAGACAAUGUAAUCCGAGUCUCUACGGUGGUGAAGCUAUGGGUUUCUGAAGGAUUUCUGAAUCCGAUAAGUGGCAAGAGUUUGGAAACAGUUGCAAGAGAGUACUUAAAGGAAUUGGUUGAUAGAAAUCUAAUUAUUCUAGUUCAUGAGUUGGGGUACUCAACUGGGAGCAUGAAGUAUUGCAAAAUACAUGAUUCUUUGAGAGACCUAUGCCUGAGAGAAGCUGAAAAUGAGAGGUUUUAUCAUGUGGUUGGGAGAGAUAGUCCUCGAGGCAUACAUAGCCAACGCCGCAUAGUUAUUCCAAGAGGCACUUCAAAGAAGAUAAUCCGCAAUGCCAUGAAAUCCUCACCAGAUGCCCGUUCCUAUAUAAGUGAUCAUGAAAGAGUUCGACUGCUGCCCAAUUUAAGAUUGUUGAGAACAUUGAAAGCAUACGAAUAUGGAGGAUUUGGAGGACACAAGCAUUCCGUAGAAGAAAUGUUUGAGUUAGUUAUUCCAAGAGGCACUUCAGAGGAUAAAGUCCGCAAUGCCAUGAAAUCCACACCACAUGCCCGUUCCUAUAUAAGUGAUCAUGAAAGAGUUCGAGGGUUGUCCAAUUUAAAAAAUGGAUUUGGAGGAUUUGAAGGACACCAGCAUUCCAUAGGAGAAAUGUUUGAGUUAGUUAAUUUGCGGCUUCUUGUUGUUAAAUCUGAUCCAUUCCCCAAACUUCCUUCUUCAAUCAGCCUCUUGUGGAGUCUACAGACUUUAAUUGUUUCUUGUUACGGAUCAGACAUAACUGCACCGGUUGAAAUUUGGAAGAUGUCUCAACUUAGGCAUGUUUAUUUCGGGUUUGGGGAGAUGACAGCGUUGCGUCUCCCGGAUCCUCCCAGCGACAGCGUUGUGGUCAUGGAGAAUCUACAGACGCUCAAAGGUGUAAGGAAUUUCAAGUGUGAUGAGGAGACGGUUGGUAGAAUUCCCAAUAUCAAGAAACUGGGACUGGUUUAUGACGAGGAUGAGGGGAUUGGGCCUCGCGAUGUCUGCAACAUGGAGUGUCUGCGAGAGCUAGAAUCUUUUAGCUGCGAUUGUGGUACAAGGGUUGAUUUAUUGCAGAAGCUUACCUUUCCACACUCUCUUAGGAGUCUGAUUAUAAUGUGUUAUGGUAGUGUGGAUGAUGUAUUGGAAAAGGUAAGUGCAUUGCCCCUUCUUCAGAAGCUCAAACUGCAACAUGGAUGGUUCACAACGGGCGAAUGGGCAACGGUUGAAGGCCGGUUCGCCAGUCUAAAAUCGUUGUCACUGUCGUCGUGUGGGAAUUUGGAAUACUGGAUGAUGGAGAGCUCUCACUUCCCAUGCCUCGAGCACCUUCAUCUUUCAUGGAUACAGUUGAAGGAGAUUCCUGCAGAAGUUGGUGAGAUUCCGACGCUGAAAUCCGUGAGCUUGGUUUGUUGCAAAGAAUCAUUGGUGAAGAGCGCGAAGAGGAUGGUGGAGGAACAAGAGGAGUUGCAAGGAGAAGUAUCCUUUAAAGUUGAAGUUAGGCUCCUGAAUAAGAAGGAAGAGCUGGAAAGCUUGGCAAAUCCCAACUUUCAAGUGACUGCUCAAGUGUUCAUUGAACUUAAUCCGAACCCUUUCCCUAUCUGUCUCUGCAGAAAGCCGGCCACGACCUAA